AUGCUUGCCUGUCAGAACACCCUCAGGACAAGGUUUGCUGCAGGGCAGCUUUGCAAGGCUUUUGGUGUGAGACUGGUCACGAACCCGCAAGUCGUCCAAUUGGCCAAGAAUGCAGGGUUCGAUAGUCUCUUUAUCGACCUGGAGCACUCGAGUCUCUCGGUAGACGAUGCGAGCAAGCUCUGCUGCGCUGGACUUUCCCUUGGCACAACGCCCUUUGUCCGUGUACCGCAUCAAAGCGGUAAUGGGUUCGUCCAGAAGGUGCUGGACGGAGGCGCAAUGGGUGUCAUCUUCCCGCAUGUGCAGAGCGCCGAGGAAGCCAAAGCGGCUGUAGCCAUUUCGAAAUACCCGCCAAUGGGCUGCCGGUCAAUGACAGGGCAACUGCCCGUCUUCUCUCUCAAGACUUUACCACAGCACCAAGUCAUCCGCGAGAGCAACACUUCUGCAUCUACAGUUUUCGUCAUGAUAGAAAACGAAGCAGCCAUCGAAAAGGUCGAUGAGAUUGCUUCUGUGGAAGGAGUGGAUGUCCUCCUCAUCGGGUCCAACGACCUGGCCAUCGAGCUAGGCGUUCCAGGGGAGUUCCGCAGUGACAGAUUCAAGGGAGCACUGAGACAAGUGAGCACAGCCUGUAAGAAGCACGGCAAAGUCAUGGGUCUUGCGGGAAUCUACGACCAGCCUGAUAUCCAUGACUGGGCUAUUCACUCGCUGGGUGUGCGGUUCAUGCUUUGCCAGCAAGAUUCUGGGUUGAUCGCUGGUGGAGCGACAAAGUGUGUGGCGGCAGUUGCAAAUGUCGAGAAUGCUCAUGUGACAAACCGGGAUAAAUGCUUCUUUGGACACGAGAGGAAGAUUGUUGUCUCCGAAAGGUACCUUAAUGAAUUGAAACGCAAAGCCGAAGAUGACCAGCUUGGCCCCGACUCGACACGGGCAAACCGUCGACUGACGCCAUCAGAGAAUCAUGAAGCGCAAGCCACUGCGCGAGAAGAUGACAAUGACCAAGCCGAGAUAUCCAACGACCACCUGAAAGGCCUGAGAAACCCUUUGGUCACGAGUUCUCCUAGCUUCAUGACGGACAAUAAAGGCAAACGACGCUUCUUGGGCCCAUCGUCAACAUGGGCAUAUAGCCGACAUGCAAUGAGCAUGAUUCAGGCACACCUGGGCGAACACUCCUCUCCAGAUGUUCCGAUGAACGUCGAUGGCACUGCUUUUCCAUUGGAUACAGCUUCAUUGAAGGAUGAUUCCAGUUUGUCGACCUUGGACAAUUUGCCUUCGUUUGACUAUGCCAUUUACUUGACCAACACUGUCAAGUUUCACGUCACUCAAACUUACCACUUGUUUGAGGAAUCUAACUUUAAUCGGACUCUACAUGUCAUCUAUAGCCAGGACCCUCCGCCAAUAGACUCCAACCGACUCGAGUACAUACAGUACUUUGUCGUUAUGGCUCUGGGCAAGGCCUUGUUGGGGCGCGCUGGAUCUAGUGCACAACCACCGGGGAACGAAUAUUUCUUACAGGCCAUCAAAAUGUUUCCGGAUAUAACAGGACUUUGUCAAGAUCCAAUUUUAUCUGUUGAGAUCUGCUGUGGUCUAGCUCUAUACCUUCAGUCGAUUGACCACCGAAACAGCGCCUACCUUUAUCUUGGGCUGGCUCUACGCGUCUCUCUAAGUCAAGGCCUUCAUCGUGAUCUGACAGGGGGCUAUCUUGACCCUACUGAAGAAACAAGACAUCGAAGUGCCUGGUGGACCCUGUACAUUUUGGACAGGAAGUUCGCAUCACUGAUGGGCGCCCCGAGCUCGAUAAACGAUGGGGAUAUUUCAGUUCUUCUACCCGAAGGGCCACAAGCAACCCAAAAGUCUAAAGUAGUCGACAUGCAUGUCAAGCUCUCACGGCUCAUGGCCAAAGUCAUCAACACUGUUUAUGCAACUGAUGAUCGACUGGGAUCAUCAUUCCUUCGAAACACGCAGGCUAUUCUUCGUGAACUGGCUAAGCUCGGGGAUGAUUUGGCUGCAUCCCCAGAGCUGAAGCCAGGGAACUCCAGUCCCGUUGGUCGAGUUUCAGCAACACUUAAUCUUUGCUAUCAUCAAUGCAUUCUGCUGGCUACACGUCCCCUCCUGAUCUGCCUCCUUCGUGACAGACUACAGGAUAAGACAGCUGGUGGUAGUCCCGAUCGACAUACCGUUGAGCCCAUCACGGCUCUUCUGAAAACAUCGAGUGAAUCUGCGAGCAAGUCAUUGCGCAUAUUGGCUGCCUUGCAAUCGCAUGACCUGUUAGAAAUAUUUCUUCCCUUUGAUCUUGAGCAGAUAUUCUCGUCAGGUUUCAUCAUUACACUAAUCUCGGCCAUACACCCGUUCCCAAACGCCGUGGAUGAAUCUGGAUUUGACAAGGCCUUAAACCUACUCGACACACUCAUCGCCAACGGCAAUAUCCCAGCACGGUUCCGUCGCGAGGAACUUGUUCGUCUACACGAGAUGUUGCUCCUUGUUAGCCAGCAAGAGAUCAAUCCCGAAGACGUAGGAGGCGAUGUUUUGGAUCCAUCGCAUUCCAUGCCCCAUAGCAUGUCGCCGAACCAGAUAUUAUCCAUUGCCAACUUGUUGGAUUCUUAUCCAGAUCUAGACAGCAUAGUAGGCGUAGGAACUGAGGGGUGGUUAUGGGAAACAGACACUGCAGCAGUUCAGCAUUUGGAACCUCAGACGGGCCAAGAUGUCCCAGAUAUUGGCAGUCCUCAGACCGAAAUACCCUGA